CCACGUAGACCACAACCAAACACGACUUCCAACCUACACAUACACACUCAGCCAAUAUUAAAGCAAACAACUAAAAAGGAACCAAGCCGCCCGUAAUACCAGAGAAGCACGGUAACUAAAAAGGAACCAAGCACAGUAUCGUGAUAAGAUGGGAUAAUUAGAUAAAGCUCAGUGGAACAAAAACAAUCCACCAACUGUCCUGGUUGUUGUGACCCACAUCAAAAUGUGCCACAAGGAGGAUGUCGCUCUGUUUCUCUGCACUUCCUCAUAAAACAGGAUUAAUGAUGUGACACAGGGAAACUAUUUCACUACAAACUAGUUGUGCCUAUCAGAGAAGACGCCCUCCUGUGUAACCGCACGGGCAAGAAAUUUCAUCCGUCAGCCGGACGGCCACAGUCAUCCAGGAACUCAAGAUCAAAUCAAUGGCUUUUCUCGUGUUUGUCCUGCUCGUCUUGCAGAGCGUCUCAGUGUGCAGGCCACAGUGUCCCCGCUGUGAACAAACGUCCUGUAACUGCUCGAGACUAAACCUGACGGAAGUCCCUGCUUCCCCCACGGAGCUCGUCUCCGAACUUGACCUCUCUUUCAACGGACUGGAGGAAAUCAAGAACGAUGACUUCCUUUCCUACGCCACCCUGAGGUCAUUGAUCAUGAGUUACUGCAAUAUCAGAACGAUCCAGAGAAAAGCGUUUGAUCCACUGAUUCAUUUGGAGAAAUUGGACCUGUCCUUCAACCAACUGGACACAUUGUCUCCCGGGUGGUUUGAGAACCUGACAUCUCUUCAGUAUUUAAAUCUUCUGGGAAACAAAUAUACUACACUGGGUGAAGGUGAACUUUUUGAGCCACUAAAGAAACUGAAGACCCUACAUUUGGGUGGACCUUUCUUUCACUCCCUGAAUAAAAGUGAUUUUUCCAGCCUGUUUCAUCUUGAAGACCUGUUUUUGGAUGGAAGGAAUCUGAAAGUCUACGCAAAUGAAAGUCUGACGACAAAACUUAGUCCAAUUAGCCACGUGACACUUGGUCUAAACGAUGCGUUUCACAGUGAUCCCUCGCUCGCACAGGCUAUACUGUCAGAUUUUACACACCCGAACACAAUGCUGACAUUGAGGGACACAUUUUUCUCCUUUGUCGCCCACACGCUCCUACUUAAAAGCGCCUGCGACAAUGGUAUUACAGGCAUUUACUUUAAAAAUGUUACCAUGUCAUCUAUAGCUAGUAUAGGGCUUCUGCACGUGGUGUCAAGCUCAGCUAUAACCAUGGUAGGAAUUGAAGAUACACAACUAUUAGAGUUCAACUACCUGGAAGGCUGGGAGGAAGAUCCAGAUGGUGUUGCACUGUUUCUGAACUUCCUGUCGUCACAUUCAGAUGGACUCCCCGAAAGCCUGGGACAGCUGGAGGCAGUCAUCGUCAAAAACGUUGACAUCACCUGGUUCUACCGUUUCCCUUCCCUCAAUUUCCUGUAUGUUGUGUUCAAAGUGGUGAGAAGGGUGUCUGUGCUGAACUCCAAGUUGUUUGCCAUUCCUUGUGAAACCACCACUGCCAUUCUCUCGAGUCUGGAGUUUCUGGACAUCAGCGACAACAUUUUGAGCGAUCUCGCUCUCAGUGACAUGAUGUGUGACGGCGCCGGUGUCCUUUUGAAUCUGCACACAGUCAACGUCAGCAGAAACCUGCUGCAGUCAUUCAACAGCCAUCUUUUCACCAAACUCGACCAGCUUGAGAACAUUGACAUGAGUGGAAACAUGUUUCAAGAUAUGCCCGAGACCUGCGACUGGCCACCGAGUCUCCUGUUCUUAAACCUUUCGUCCAAUCAUCUAAAGAAGGUGACGGCCUGUCUGCCUACGACCUUGCAGAUCCUUGAUCUGUCCGGAAAUGACCUGACCGAGUUCACCAUCGAGCUGCCCUUUCUCACCGAGUUACACAUUUCUGGUAACAGGAUAAGAGCUUUGCCAGAUGGACACUUCUACCCUCGCCUUGCCCUCCUCUCCAUCCAAAACAACGACUUACGCACGUUCAGCAGUAAGGAUGUUCACGAUUACAAGACACUGAAGAGUCUGGAGGCCGGUGCGAGCGCUUACAUCUGUUCCUGCGAUUUUGUGGCUUUCAUGACAAGCGACCCGACGAAUCAUGGAGUCCUGUUCGAAGAUGGCCUUACUUCCUACAUCUGUGGCUCCCCCGACGCAGAGAGGGGAAAGAGCGUAGCAGACGUGAGGUUGUCUGUGUUUGAGUGCCACGCAGUUAUAGCUUUUUCUUUACUCUGCACCGGCAUCCUGGUUACGUGUCUGCUCAUUUCAGGCCUGUGUUACAAGUUUGGCGUUUUGUGGUACAUGAGGAUGACCUGGGCCUGGCUGAGGGCAAAGAGAAAGCCAAAGCUGAAGAAGGGCGUGCUUGAAUACGACGCCUUUGUUUCCUACAGCGAAAUGGACUCCGGUUGGGUGGAGGCGCACCUGGUCCCGGCGCUUGAGCGGUCCGAACCGCCCCUCCAACUCUGCCUCCACAAGAGAGACUUUGUUCCCGGAGGGUGGAUCCUAGACAACAUCAUGGAUGCCAUAGACAAGAGCCACCGGACACUCUUCAUCCUCUCUCAGCAUUUCAUCAAGAGCGAAUGGUGCAAGUACGAGCUGGACUACACCCAUUUCAGGCUGUUCGACCAAAACGACGACACGAUUGUGCUGAUUCUGCUGGAGCCGGUGGACAAAGCAAUCAUCCCUAAGAGGUUCUGCAGGCUCCGGAGGAUCAUGAAUUCCAGGACGUACCUGGAGUGGCCUGGCGACGAGGACCAGAUCCCCGCGUUCUGGGAGAGUUUGCGAACCGCUAUUAAGAGACCGGAGACUUUCAAUGGAAAACACGCAAACGGAAAUGAGACACAGCUUUGAACGCUUUUGGGUUUCUUCUUGAUUCGUGAGCCACGUAUUGAAGUAAUAUGUUUUUCCUGCAGCAUUUACAUUAGCCUCAGGUAGAUAGCAGUAGUAGUAGUAGUAGUAUGCUAAGUCAUGAGAAUCAAGUGUAAAUAUUAAGAAUCAAAAUGUGAAGUCGACAAAGUUUGGUUGACAUCCCUAUUUUUUUGUUGUUCUUUUUUAAAAUUUUAUGUCUGUACAAGAUGAUUCGAGAUACGUGCUCUUUCUGCUUUUGACUAAAUCUAGAAAUGUUCAUUUCUCACCGUGUCAAAAUAGCUUGUCACCAUCACCUACAAUUUAAAGCUUAAAUACGCUGUAGACAAACAUCUAACCUGCGAUGUGUGAUUAAUUGAUUUAUUUCAGAUAUUCUCGCAUUUUAACUGAUCAUUAGUUUACAUAUAAACACACAAACCUGAUUGCUCAUGUCUGAAACGUGCUUUAAGUUUGAUGGAUCGAACAAAAUAAAUGCAUUAGAAAGUU